AUGCCUUCUAGAACACUUGGAGGAUUGGAAAAGUACUGCUUCUAUCGAAACUAUUAUAACUACUAUACCUGCGUUAUAUCUGUAGCGAGCUACUCGUCUGAUGUUGAUCCUAGCGAUUUAUGCGAGGCUUUGAAGGGUCUUCUAGUAGAGGAGACCGGAUUUGCACUCACUAUCAAACUGGACCGCAAGGAGAAUCCGGAAUUCAUCUUGUUGAAUAGGAUUCUUUACACAGAUUUAGUGGAGUAUAGAGAUGAGGAUUCUUUCGAUUUGGACGGUGAGACUACAAAGUUACUUGACACGAAGUUCUCACUCAUAGAAGGAACACAGCCGCUCUGGAAAGUCAUCGUUUUCAACAGACGUCAUAUUGUUUUUGUUGCUGAUCAUACCGUAUGUGAUGGCACAGGCAUCAUUAAUUUCCAGAGGUUGCUUUUGAAGCAUAUUAAUACAGCCAGAAAUAUACAAAAUAAGAUUGUUCCUAGCCCUUCAUCGAUAGUGUUUACUGGAGGCGAUGAUGUAAAUUUUAUGGAUCACACUGAGAGCUACUUUGAUUCGAAGCCUUCGAUCUCUUUUGUUAUUCGUAAAUUUGCGGAACGUCUAUUACCCGGCAGGCUUUGGAAUAUAGGAGGAAGGAGGAGACUUGGUAAGUACAAGCUUCUGGGUACCAAUUUACCCAUUCCUCAAGAGAUCCGUCCCAGCUUGCAUACAAAGUCAAGGUCUAUAAGUAUUGACAGAGGUACGCUUAGCAAAUUACUUUGCUUGACCAAGAAGCAUCGUGUGAAACUUACCUCGUUGUUGACGUACUUGUUGGCCAAAAGCUUUGUAAACGUUCUUCCUCAGGAAAUGAAAAGAUACGACUUACCAAUCCACAUUCCUGUCAACUGCAGACAGUUUAUCGAUUUUAGUGCGAUUCAAAUAGAGCAGCCCUGGUUUACAGCUCUGGCAGGUACAUACGCUGGUGAUAUCCAAACAACAUUGCCUGCCGUUAUGUCCACUAAGGACGACAGCAUCGAUUGGGAGUAUGUUCAGGCUGUACAGAGUCGGAUCAGUGAGGUCAUUCUGGACGAAACUCCUCAGUAUUCAGUUGGAAUGUUCAACAUGAUCAACAUGAGAAAUUAUGUAAAGGCUUUCUCUGGAAACUUCAAUGGGAUUGCUCUUGGAAUAUCUAAUGUGGGAUAUUUUGACUUCAAUGCUACUUACGAGAACAUGUACUAUAAGGUUGAAGACAUUUGGUUUACUCAAUGUAGUGGUGUAUCAGGAGCAUUAAUCACUGCCAACGUGGUUGGCUUUUCUGGCGGUCUCAGGAUAACGUUGAGUUACGACCAGGUGAUUCCAUACGCCGAUAAAGUUGAUGAAAUUAUUGAACAAAUGAGGAAAUAUCUAGUUAGUUGA